AUGAACCUUUCAGACAAACACAGAAAAAGUUCCGAAUCCAGGAUUAGAGGAGAUAAUCUGUAUAAGGGCAAAAGCUCGGCUAAUAUUCCACCCUUUGGGAGAAUACUUAGAAAUAAACCAGUUAUCCAAUAUUUUAAGGAACCUUUACCUGAUUCUGACAUCGAUGAAACCUUACCCUGGAGAGGUUAUCAGCCCAAAAUCAGAACUGGUAAUGACUCCAUUACCAUCGAAACUCCCGAUCGAACUAUUCAAGAUUCCCUUCAAAGGGGAAAGGAAGAUGAGUCAACGAAGACUCCUGAUCCUUGCCCUACCGGUACUUACAAUAACCCUUAUGUUGUUGAUGAUGGUUCUCCACAACCUGCGGAUCAUAGUAGCCCUGCAAAUCAUAGUAGCCCUGCGAAACGUCCCGAAAAUUCGAACCCUCCUCAGGCUGUUGAAGUUCCCGGCUCUGCGAAAAGUCCUGAAAUUUCGAAACCUACUCAGGCUGUUGAUGUUCCUCGCCCUGAUAAACGUCCCAAACGUUCGAAACCUCAGGCUGUUGAUGUUCCUCGCCCUACGAAACAUCCUAAACGUUCGAAUCCCCCUCAGCCUGUUGAUAUUCUUCAGACUGCCAAUCUUCAGCCUGUAAGUAACGCACAAAGUAGUUCACCUGCAGUGCUUUCUGAACCAAAUGAAGUCUUGAAGAGAAAUCUUCUAGCUAUGAAUAAUUGGAUUUUAGCUGUAAAUAAUUGGAUUAUAAGUGAAGGGCUCGAAGUUGGGAAUCAACUGAAUGAAAAUGAAUAA